AUGCUUUUUUCCCCCACAAAAGUCGGGAGCUGCUCUGCCACAGUGCUUACCGCCUCGCCGCCAUCAUCCUCCUUCGACUGGGCCGUGAAGGUGCAGCACCAUAACGACACUGCGGCGGUUGACACAGAGGUCCACCUGCUGAAAGAGUCCUUCGACCUGCUGCAGACUCUGAAGACUGACGACAAUGGACUGGCCAGCUUCAAACUCAACACCAGCCUCUUCCAGGGCUCCUUCACUGUCAAGGCCAGUGUCUAUAAGAUGUACACCCACACCCUCAUGAGGCCGCACUUCGCCCUGGCCUCGCUGCAUCUGACAGAGAUCCAGCAGACGUCGCUCCACACCAGGACCAGCUCUUCUCUGGAGGUGCAGGCUGAGGACCGGCCCCUGGUCUGCGGGGCCCAGGAGACCCUCAACCUCAGCUACAGCAUCGUUGGUGAGGGCCAGGGCCAGCUGCACAUCAUCUACCUGCUCUUGUCCAGAGGCAACAUCGUCAAAUAUGGACAGUACUCCAACUACAUGGACACAAUGACUCGGGGAGAUAUCUCCUUUUUUAUGGAGAUCACUCCUGACCUGGCACCUGCAGUGACCCUCGUGGCCUACGCCGUUCUGCCCAGCGCCAGCGUCAUCGCCACAUCCAAAGAAUACAUCACCACCAAGUGCUUCAGCAACGAGGUAUUCCCCAAGGAGCAGAGGGGAGGAGAAGGGGUGUAA